AUGAAAUACCCCGGCGGCGGAGGGCCAUUUCAUGAGAAGGCCUUCAAAAUUUCCCUCGUUGUGACCAGCUUCAUUUCCGUGCUGUUGACGGCCAUAGUCCUGUCAGCUGGGACGGAUGCUGGCCGCCUAGAGCAGCUCCACAUCUUAUACAUCGACACCUCCAAGAUUGGCAAAGAAGUUGUGUCCAACGCCGGAUCAAAAGUCAGCGACGCCUGUGACAGCAUUCCCGACGUCGAUCCUCCCAAGUUACCUAAGAUACCUAUAUUCGGCCGCGACAGUGCCAGAGACGUGCUUGAAGUUCGAAGCUUGAGUGAUGCCUGCAAGAAUGCAGUGAAGGAAGGAGAGAAAAAGGUCGGCGAGGUCACGGAGAGCGCCGCCGCUUCCAUCGGCCUCAAGCAAUACUAUUCGGUGCACAUAGGGGCGCUCUGCGAGGGUGAUAUCGAGGACGAAAAACCCAAGGUCAAGACCUGUACGCGGAAAUUUCACGCCGGGUCGACCGAAAUCAGCAACAGUGUCGAGCCACUGAAGAAAAUCCCAGGGGCCGAAGACAUCGGGGAAAAAAUCAGCGAGAUUCCCAACAAGAUCGCGCGCACGGCCUACCCUUUCCUGGUCAUUGUACUGUUACUUGCCCUGGCAUUUCUCUUCGCCAUCGGCGUAGCUUGCUUGGAGGGCGAUUCUAAGCUCCAAAAUAUCCUCCAGGAGAUUUCGCUUUGGGGCGCAAUCAUUUGCGUCACCCUCAGCUCGUUGGGCUUGUUCGUCUGCGCGACGCUCAUCACGGCCGUUGCAGAGGAGAUUAAGGACAAGAUCAACAAGUUCAACAAUGUGGGUAUAUUUGCAGGCACCAGCCCGGCCCUGUACGCCCUCAUGUGGGUGUCGCUUGUGUUCACCUGGAUUUCUCUCGGCAUGCUCAUCUACCUUUGGAUACUGGCGCACAAGGGGACGAGAACGAGCAAGGACAGGUCCCAAACAACCACGCCGGGGGGGUCAACAUCCGGAUUCAUGAUGCCCAAGUAG